GAACUAACAUCAACAGUCCAUCAGUUAAGAAUACUAUGAAAUGGGUUUCACUUAUCAUCAAUACUUCUCAAUCCAAUCAAUCUAAUCUUACCAAGACCUUUUCUUCAGUUUUAUUCAUUCUUCUCUUCCUGAACCUUCAAGAUGAUAAUCGAAUCGCUGCAAUGUCUAAAUCUAGGAAACUAGAACUAAGAGAUCUGGUCAAACGAACUUGGAACCAUGGAUUCGAUAACUACAUGACACAUGCAUUUCCAAAGGAUGAACUACGACCAAUUUCUUGCCAGGGUCUAGGACCGGACAAAAAUCAAGCAAAUCAUGAGAUUAACGACGUACUCGGAAACUUUGCAUUAACGUUGAUUGAUUCACUCGAUACUUUUAUCGUCUUUCAAGAUCUCGAUUCAUUUUCAAAAGCAACACGACAGAUCAUUGAAACCGUACCUAAUUUCGAUCUCGAUUCACGUGUACAAGUUUUUGAAACGACGAUUCGAGUCUUGGGUGGACUUUUAAGUGGUCAUUUAUUUGCUUCAGAUCAUGAAAAUCAUUGGGGGUAUCGUUUGGAUUGGUAUCAUGACGAAUUGUUACAUUUGGCAAAAGAUCUUGCGGAUCGAAUGAUGCCUGCUUUCACUGCCAGUCGCACAGGUCUUCCUUAUGCACGAGUCAAUUUGAGAUUCGGAAUCUCCAAAGGAGAAACAAGAGAAACUUGUACAGCCGGAGCAGGGUCAUUGCUGCUAGAGUUUGCAACCUUGAGCAGGUUGACCAACAUACCGACCUAUGAACAAGUUGCACGAAAAGCUCUUUAUGCUCUCUGGAAUCGUAGAUCGGAAUUGGAUCUUUUUGGAAAUACAAUUGAUGUACAAACCGGCGCAUGGUCUUAUGGUAUCGCCAGUAUUGGAGCUGGAAUUGAUUCGUAUUAUGAAUACCUCCUUAAAUCUUAUGUUUUGCUUCAAGAUGAUUCAUACCUCAAACUAUGGGAAGCUGCAUAUAAAUCUGUAAUGACUUAUAUUCGUUCCUCUGAUGGAUUUUGGUAUCGUGGGGUGAAUAUGCAAACUGGAUCUAUCGCUUCACUCACAAUCGAUUCUCUCGCAGCUUUUUUCCCUGGAUUACAAAUUCUGGCAGGCGAUAUAGAGGGUGCAAUACAAUCACAUAUGGUUUAUGCCAAUCUGUGGAUCAGGUAUUCAGGUUUACCUGAAGUAUUUGAUACAGCGAGGAGAGAAGCAACCUCAUUAGGUUAUCCACUUCGACCUGAAUUCAUUGAGAGUAAUUAUUUUCUAUAUCGUGCUACAAAAGAUGAAUUUUAUUUAGAAAUGGCCGAGUUGGUGAUUCACGAUCUUGUGGAACGGACUUGGGUCGAUUGUGGAUUAGCAUGUAUAGCCGAUUUGAAAACUGGUGCUUUGGAUGAUCGAAUGAAUUCUUUUGUGUUAUCUGAGACACUCAAAUAUCUUUACCUCACUUUCGAUGAAGACAAUCCUAUCAAUCAUAAGGAUGAUCCAUUUGUAUUCACAACAGAAGGACACAUUUUAUUUAUACCAAAUGCAACUGAUUUGCCAAAAAACCAACGAUCUCAAAUGGCAAUCCCACGUUCAACAAAAUCAAAAUCAAAUGAAAAGAUAUGUUCUGUAUUCAAACCAUCAAUUCAAAGUUCAAAAUACUCAAGUGGAUUGAAAUUAACAAUUAGAGGUCGAACUGAUUUUGAAUUAGCUAAAAUGUUGACAGGUAGGAUUGAAGGGAAUUCCAAUAGCUCGAUUGGCUGGUUUGAUUAUGGAAUUACUCAAGCACCGGUUUUAGAUGUAAGAAAGACUUUACAAUCCUUGGAAUAUCUGUUGAGAAUGUUUCAUUACAACAAAGACUCUAGAGAUAUUUGAUUGAUCAUCUAUAUCUGUUCUAGAUGAGAUCAGAUGUAAAAUUAUGACGAUGGUUAUUUUUGAAGUAAAGAAAUUAAUAUUUCUAUGAUGUUUUUUGUUGUUUUCUUUGUUUUGGUUUGUUUUUUCGUUUGUAGGGUUCUUUAAUCGAAUUAGUAUUUGCAAGAGUGAAUGAAAAAGUCGAUCUUUUACCUGGAA